UUUUGUAGCCAACAAGGAGCACAACCAGAUAUAUAUUUCUUCACUUGACAUAAAAGCUGGUUGGAUUAGAAAACCGUUACUGCUGCUAGUAAAGAAAGUAAAGAGAACUCUAUUGUCAUAAAAUAUUAAAAUGACUGGCAGGAAGAAACAUUUGCUGAAGGUGAUUAUCCUUGGUGAAAGCGGCGUAGGAAAGACAUCGAUUAUGAAUCAGUAUGUCAACAAGAAAUUUAGCAAAGACUAUAAAGCAACCAUUGGUGCUGAUUUCCUUACCAAAGAAGUCCUCGUGGACGACAAGGUGGUCACUUUGCAACUGUGGGACACUGCUGGACAAGAGCGUUUCCAAAGUUUAGGUGUCGCCUUUUACCGUGGCGCUGACUGCUGUGUACUAGUCUAUGAUGUGAACAAUAGCAAAUCCUUCGAAACGUUGGACAGUUGGCGCGACGAGUUUCUUAUCCAGGCUUCGCCAAGCAAUCCUGAAACGUUCCCUUUCAUUCUAAUUGGUAACAAAGUGGAUGUAGAAGAAAAGAAAAGAAUGGUUUCGAAAUCAAAGGCCCAAGCUUAUUGCCAAGACAGAGGAGAAAUUCCUUACUUUGAAACUAGCGCUAAGGAGGCUGUUAACGUUCAAGAAGCUUUCCAAACCGUUGCUCGUCUGGCUUUGGAGAACUCUGAUGCUGAAGACGCUGCUGGUGAUUUUGCUGAUCCUAUUUACUUAGAUAUGGAAAGUCAAAAGGCUACUUGCUCUUGUUGAUUUAAGUUUUAAUUUUUCAUAUAUUCUGCACGUCUGUUGAUUAUACCUCAAUUAUCAUUCAACCAAAACACAACCCAAGUUAGGCUAUUUUUUUUUCUAUGCUAGAAAUCGGUUGUUUUUUUCUCCCUCUUCAUUAAUGAAAAUUUCUUCACAAAGUAUACGCCGUAAAGUUCGGAGUAACGUUUGCUCGUGGAUAUCCUUUUCGCUUCCUUCUGUUAGUUUUCACGUUGUUCAUUAAUGACCUAAGACUUUAUACACUCACAAUCCCUUUGUCUUUUACCUCUCCAAUUGCCUUACUAUUAAAAGGUCUACAUCGAGCACUAUUACACACACAUGUGUCCUUUGUUUAGUUUACUCUAGUACUUCUCACGUUCGCCAAUCUGACUUGAAGUUGAUAUAUGCCUUUACUAGCUUUCCAUAAUAAUAAUUAUUCGUAUACUCAUUUUCAUCAUAUUCGAAUAAGUGCUAAACAAGUCUCUUGCGC